GUCCUGUCCUUUCGUCUGGAAAUAUCCUUACCCGCAUUAAUCGAGCUGCAUCUUCCACGAACUCGAGUAUUUCAUCUUCGACUGCGGUCGGCGCGACGCCAUGUCGCUCAAGCAGGAAAUCGAGACUUGGGUGGAAGCCCUUGGCCACUAUGACAACCAAGAGUUCGAAGAAGCCCUCACGAUAUUCGAUGCUAUCGCAGACACUUCGAAGAUCCUGUUCAACUGUGGUGUUAUACAUGCAACAAUUGGAGAACAUGAGAGAGCGGUGGAGUGUUAUCAACGAGCCAUCAAACUUGAUCAAUACCUCGCAGUUGCAUACUUUCAGCAAGGCGUCUCCAAUUUCCUUGUGGGCGAUUUUGAAGAAGCAUUGGCCAAUUUCAACGAUACCCUUCUAUACCUCAGAGGAAACACCUAUAUCGACUACGAGCAGCUGGGUCUGAAGUUCAAGUUGUAUUCCUGCGAGGUUCUAUUCAACCGUGGAUUAUGUUACAUGUAUCUUCAGCAAGAAGAUGCGGGCUUGCAAGAUUUUACUUUUGCCCAGAAGGAGAAAAUGACCCCUGACCAUGAUGUGAUCGACGAUGCAAUCAAGGAGAGAGCUCAGGGCUAUGUGGUAUUCAGCAUACCCGUCGGAUGCGUGUACAGACCCAAUGAAGCGAAAGUAAAGAAUCUCAAAGCCAAGGACUACCUGGGCAAGGCGCGAUUGAUAGCCACGUCGAACAGUCAGAACACUGGCACCGGUUUCGAGGGGGCUGAAAGACGGCAAGCCAUAGCCAUCGAAAUGGCCCCAAGGGACGACAGGCCUCCUGAGAAUAUUAGUUACGCCGCAACAAAUCUAGUCCAGCGCAACUUGUCCAGCAGGCUUCCCAGAGAUCAGAGUGCUCCCCCAGUCAUGAACCGAAACGUCUUCCCACCAACGCCUCCACCAGAGGCUGAAAAGCCCAGGGUCAACAGUGGUGGUUCUCCAGCUGCUAUGCCAGUUCGUUCUGCAUCCAUGCGCAAUCCACGAGCCAUGUUUCCCGGUCCGGACAUGACUCAACGUCAACCUGGACCUGGCAUGCUACCACGCGCAGCUACUAUCGAUGAUAACGGAAACCAACAAGCACAAAUUCAAAGCCGCAGUCGAAUGCAACAAGGACCUCCUCCUACAAUGGAGCAUGUGUGGACAGAAGACCCAAUGAUGAUGGAUCGUCAACCUCAAAUGGAGCGAUCGCGAUACGGUACACAAAGAACGGCUUCUGAACCGCGUGGACCUGCCCCUCGGCGGCAAAUGCUAGACAGGUCAGGUUCACAGAGAGCACCGGCGCCAUUGUUCCGGGAGACGACACAACCCAGAUACGAGGAGCCCAUCGACCAGGUGGACGAUGUCUAUCAGAUGUACGCGAGUCCUCGAACAAGACGCCAUCAACGUCAAGAACCGGAAACAUAUUUUAACGAAGAAGACGAAUACAUAGACGAAGAGGUGAACUCUGAGGACAUGAACGGUUUUGAGCCCAUCCGGCGUGAGCCAUCACGAUCGGGACGAGGGAGCAAGCGUCCCGAGAUGCGCAAAGUCCGGGUCAAAUGCCAUUUCAACGAAGAUACGAGAUACCUGAUGAUCGGCGCAGUGAUAGAUUUUGGCGACUUUGAAAGCAAGAUACGAGAAAAAUUUGGAAUCAAAAACCGGCUGAAAAUUAGAAUGCAGGAUGAUGGGGAUAUGAUAACUAUGGGUGACCAAGAUGAUUUGGAGAUGUUGUUGAGCACUGUACGGAAUCAAGCCAGAAAAGAGAGGAGCGAAAUGGGCAAGAUGGAAGUUUGGAUCUCAUCACAAUGAUAACAAACACAUCGACCCACCAUAUCGCAUACAGAACGAACACAAUCCGGGUGCGUGACAUGGAGGCUUGAAGCAAGAUACAUGCAACACAUUUGUUUGGAUACGACGAACGACCAUCAAGAAGCGCCUUUUCGGCGAAGCGCGGCGUUGGACACAUUGUGCGACUACUACCUGGG